UUCAGUUUUAAUUAAGCUAACUUAUCGAAUCUCUUCUGCAGCUAUACUCCUCGCAGCAUUAAAAUUUUGCCCUGUUUUCUUUCUCGUCACCGAAACAGAGACAGCGACAUUAUUGAAAGUUUCGAUCAGAUUUAUUUACUACGGACUGGAAAACCAGUCUUCUUCCCCAAGUUCACAACUUUCCCUUUCUUCAUCGAUUCACAAUUUCAUCCGCCCCUUCCCUCUAUCUCUCAACGAUUCAAUGCUUUGACGUUUUGCGUAAUCGAUUCAGUCGUCGCUUCCCAUGGCGCUUCCUCUCGGCAAGGUCGCAUUUCUCUUCGGUACCGGUGUUGUUGUAUCAGCUCUGUCAAAAGAAUCGAGUAUAGGUGAUUAUUUCUCAGGCGCCUUUAAGAUAUUAUGGAAACAAAUCAAGCAAGAUAAUUCAAAAAGUUCAAAUCCUAAGCCUCAUAGUGAUGCUUUGCUGAAGCAGGUCAAUAGCUUGAGGGAGGAGCUGCAACUCUUGGCAUCGAAUAGAUCUGUAACUAUUAUUACUUCAGGUGGUUCAGGUUCAAGUGGCAAAUAUGGCAUGAUUGUUGUUGUUGUGGUGGUUGGAUAUGGAUAUCUUUGGUGGAAGGGUUGGAAGCUUCCUGAUAUGAUGUUUGCAACCAGGCGUGGUUUAACUGAUGCCUGUUCUACUGUGAGCAAACAGCUUGAGAGUGUUUACACAUCAAUUGCGGCAACAAAACGGCAUUUAUCAUCACGUAUUGACCGCGUUGAUUCCAAAAUAGAUGAGUGUGGUGACAAUACAGUUGCUGUUAAGGAGGAGGUUUCUGAAGUUCGAGGGGAGGUGAGAGCAAUCGGUGAUGAUUUACAAUCAGUUCAUCUUGUUGUCCAAAAUCUGGAGACCAAAAUUAGUAGGAUAGGAGGGAAACAGAAUGAGACAAACUUUGGCCUCGGAAAGUUGGUUGCUGUUGCAAGGAAUUUGGAAAAUAGAAGAGCCAUGGAACAGAUUGAGGCAUCUGCAUCUAGUUCAGUAAGGCCUGCCCUUGAAUUGCCAGAAUGGACUCCUUCAACAGUGCCUUUGGUGGUUGAGCCCUUGUCUCCCAAUUCACCUGUUGAACCACCAUCUCCAUCUGCAUCUAAUGGAUUUCAGAAGCGGUCCCCGCAUGGUGCUGUGCCCUCUUCUCCCUCUGGUGCAAAGAUCCAUCGAGGAAUAUCAGAUGUGGUAGGAAUGGCGAGUGGAAACAGCCCUCUGAUUCUAAAUGCCGGCGUUACAUUUGGGCGCACACUAUCUGCGAGUGCUGCAUUUAUUACAAGAAGCCACGCAGCAGUUCGGACUUUCAAGUAGGUGUGUGCACGUAAUAUCGUAAGAUAUAUAUAUUCUUAAUCCAUGCGGAAAGAAGUGUUUCUAUGUCGAUUAUUGCUGCCUAAUCAGCCACUGGCGCCCAUUCAGUAACUCGUUGUUCACUGGGCUGAAUUUUGUAGAGCCGCAAAACAUACAUAUUAUAGGGUCAAUUUUAGCAGCCAAGGAUAAAUAUUUUGUCUACACUUGGGUAGAUAGCACAGGGGAGAUGAACAAAGGUUGAAUAAGAGGAUUGCCAACCUUAAUUUAAAAAAUUCUUUGUUUAUCUCAGACUUCAUACUGGCUUUCAUUUGCCUUGCCAAUAGUAAAAUGCUGAAUGUUUACUUCUAUUGGUAGUGCCAACAUUUCUGCU